AAUGGGCCCCCCCCGGCAUUUUCACUAUUUCCGUAUGCUCUCCCAUCUUCUCCAGCCUCUUCCAACCCCAAUUUCACUAUUCCGUAUCGUCUCCCUUCUUCUCCAGCCCCUUCCAACCCCCCUCUUCUCCCUUCUUCUCCAAAGCAAGGACGUCGUCUCGCGUCAUCUCGUCUCCUCCCCAUCUUCAUCUGAGAGGACGCCGACGGCUUCUCUUUGCUAGAGUAGGCGGAAUAGGUCAUCGUGGAUCUGAUUUAUGAUGACUUUUGAAAGAGCCUAGCGAAUCUGGAUCUGCCUCCCGCCUGAAAACCCUAGCGAAAUUUCGUCGACCGUGUCGGGGUGUCCAAAUCCGUGUCUUGACCGUGCGUUGGCCGUGCAACCAAGGUGGUAAUGUUGUUGUUAAUAGCUGUGAGGAUGCUAGGCGGUCCAAUCGCUCAUCCGUCCACGAAUACCGUCCUACGAAUACUGUCCUCUAGCUUCUGUUAUGAGUGAAUCUCUAAAUAGCUGUGAGGAUGCACGUUGAUACACAGAUUCAUCCAGCGCCGCCGCAUCAUCUGGAGUGAAUUUUCUGGUCUGUCUACUGAUGAUAUUGCUUGAUGCAUUGCUCUACUGUUUAAUCGGUCUUUAUCUGGACAAGCUCCAGCAAGUACUGGAUUCGUUUAUUAUUUUUGCGGCCCAACAAUCUGACACCAAAGAUUUAGAAUUUCCUUCAUCGGCAUCGCUGUCCUCUGGUGAACCUUCCUUUCUCAGCUUUCCAUGGAUGCUUUACGGCCCAUCAAACAUUCAAAUAGUCCCAUUUCCAAGUCAUGAAUACACUGAUGAUGAGUUCCAGUCCACCAUAAAAACUUUGAUGUAUCUUCUGGGAUUCCUCUACCCAAUUUCUCGGUUGAUCAGCUAUUCGGUGUUUGAGAAGGAACAAAAGAUAAUAGAAGGUCUUUAUAUGAUGGGUCUGCAAGAUGGGGUAUUCCAUCUCUCAUGGUUCCAUACGUCGUGGGUGCAACAUCAAAAAAUUCGCUCAUACCAAGUUAACCAUAUUAUGUUAACUGUUCGUAUUUCUUUCAUUCCAUCGGUAUGCUCCCAGGUACCUGUAAUUGUGAUCCGUUUGCCAGAACUAAGGGGUCUUUCUGUGGAAACCUUCACGAACAAUCGUCGUUUUUUGAUGGUUUUUCCGCUUCUCACAGCUGCUCUUCCCACACCCCCAGAUAUCUGGUGUCAAACAGUUGCCCGUUUCCUUAUUUCUUCGAUAAUAGAGUUGGCUAUCUUUGUGGCGUCUAUUGUACAAGUUCGUGAAGAAGGCUGGACGAGUGGAAUGAGGGAAAGCGGCUCGAUCGACAAAAAAGAAAAGUAG